CCAUAAUCAAACUACAAAUCCCACGAUACCUCCAUCUUGGCUCAUCUAAACAGGAAAUUACGGAUCUGUGAGAAGUUGUUUAGUUACUUUCAUUUUCACUUUUUGAGCUGACUAACCGUGACUAUUUUCAGCGUUGUGCGCUAUAAGACAUUUGGGAAAAUCCGCGCAUUCUUUCAACUAUUUAGUUGCUGCCUAUUAUUGCAUUGCAAAAGGUCAUUUUUGCCUAUUAAGUAUAUUUAUUCCCAUCACAAGAUGACUUCCAUAGACAUUCGCCCUGAGUCGAAGAAACAGGUAAUUUGUCAUUUGUUGUGGAAUAACAAAGGUAACCUAUCUAAUGUAGUCUAAUAUAAUAAUUUAUGACUAUAGCCUGUCAAUAUAAUUUGUGUCAGAUAACUCGGCAGCCCUGUUCAAUCUUCAAGGCGUUUUGAUAUUUAGACCAACAAUAAGGCCAUGUGUUCACAUCAAAGUCUCAUAGACAAGACGUAACAUAGUAAACGUACAUCUUGGGACGAUCAAAUUACUAUUAUAUAUAUAUAUAUAUAUAUAUAUAUAUAUAUAUAUAUAUAUAUAUAUAUAUAUGUAUAUAUAUAUAUAUAUAUAUAUAUAUAUAUAUAUAUAUAUAUGUGUGUGUGUGUGUGUGUGUGUGUGUGUGUGUGUGUGUGUGUAUGUUUUGGUAUGGUUAGAUAAGACAGAAGGUUACUUAAGGCAAAGGGUGGGCGUAUAAUGCGAACGUCUAGUAACGCAAAGGUUGCGUGUUUGAAUCUCAUCACGGACAACUUUUGCGUUUUAGCUAAUUAGCAACUUUCCAACUAAUUACUACUUUUUAGCUACUUUGCAACUACUUAGCAUGUUAGCAAACCCUAACCCUUUAACCUAACCUUAACCUUAAUUCCUAGCCUAGCUAACGUUAGACACCUAGUCACCUAGCUAACGUUAGCCACAACAAACUGUAAACUUAACAUAUCAUACAUUUUGUAAAUUCAUAACAUAUUGUACGAAUGGCAAUCCGUAACAUAUUGUACGAAUUGCAAUUUGUAACAUAUUACAAAAUGGAUGAUGGACAUCCACAAAUUAAUACAUACCAUAUGAAACGUAACAUAUCAUGCUAAUUGGAGUGUCCCGGAUUGACAUUUACUAUGUUACAUCAGGUGAACCUGACCCCAGCUAUCACAGUCCAGUGGAAAGUAACUGUCCCAACAUUAUAGAGACACUGGGAGUUGGGUUUGCUACUGUGAAUUCAAAACCUUUUUCUGUCUUUGGUUUCAAUUCCCUAGGUUGAUGAUUUCUGCACUCAGCUCACUAAAGAGGUAGGCCCUUAGUGGUGCAGGUCUACUUGAAUAAUAACACUUGAGAUGGUAAUCAUAACUGUGUCCAACAAUGGUAACUGAUGUAUUACAGGCAGAGACCCUGGUCACGUCAUUCUUCCCUCAGAAGAUUGCAGAGAUGGAGAUGCUGUUGAAGGUGAGGCCAUGAAAAAACACAAGCACACCUGUCAAUAUCAGUCCAAAUACCUUGAUUCAAAGCUAUUGUGCAUAAGUAUGCAAAUAGUAUCUAUUUUUGUUCAUGCUUAUGUGAAAUGGUCCCCAGACGUCCUUAAGCAUAGAUGGCCUGGCAGCUCUGAAGGCCCCUCUGGACAUCCCAAUACCAGACCCGGCUAAAGAAGAAGCAAAGAGAAAGAGAAAAGAGGAGGUACAGACGUUUCACAAAUUCGGCAUUCUAUCAUGAUUAACCCCUUGGAGUACACUGGAAUCAUUAAAAGUAGUAUCGACCAUACAUACAUACACACAUUAAUGAAUGUAUCAAAAUCCUUCUCCCACCCCAAUCCUCACUUGUUUUGCAGAAAGAGGCAAAGGAAGAGAAGAAAGAGACAAAGAAAGAGAAGGACAGCGAGAAAGAAGAUGAAGACGCAGGUAGUUAAGACACAAUACCACCGAUUUACAACUGCGGUUAGCUGUCAAAUUGGCUGUAUGCACAGAUCUAGGAUCAGCUUACUCUUCCCCUAAUCCUAACCUUAACCAUUAGAGGGGGACACACAAAUGAAAUCUUAGACCAGUGCUUUGGUAUAACUUAAUCCUACUCUGAGUUUUCUCAUGGUGUUUCUCCCUAGGGCCUCCCUGUGGUCCGAUCCCCUGCAACGAGAGAGUAGAAAGUCUUCUGAAGGAGAUCAAGCCUCAGAUCCAGCUGCUGAAGGAGAAACUCAACACAGUCAGUCAGCCCUUUGUCCCUCUGUUAGUCUCUGUGUGGGCCAAACUGUUAUUUUAAAUCUAAAAUUCACCAGCACAUCUCUUUUCCUAAAUAGGUGAGAAGGCCCUUGUAAGUGUCUAGAGAAAUAGAUAAAUACUAUGAUCUCUUGCUCUGGCAGGUGUCAAUGUGGGUGCAACUUCAGAUUCCCAAAAUUGAAGAUGGGAACAACUUUGGGGUGGCUGUACAGGUCAGACUUUCUGAGCUUAAUAAAAUGAUGAUUGUCAUAUCAGUCAUCAUACCUUGAUAAUACUGUUGGUAGGCCUAUACUUAUAAUGUUUUUCCACAGGAAAAAGUGUUUGAAUUGUUGACCAACACUCGCACCAAGAUCGAGGAAUUCCAGACACAGAUCUCAAAGUAAGAGACCUUUAACCAAAAGAUCCACUCAUUUUAAUUAGUUGUGUAAUUACUGUUUACAUUCAUAUCUAAUUAGUUAUGUAGUAGUUGUGUUAAUGUGACUAACAAACACCUUCGUUAUCUGUGUUGUGUUGUCAGGUACUACAGCGAGAGAGGGGAUGCUGUUGCCAAGGCCUCAAAACAGCCUCAUGUGGUUAGUAUCCGUGUGUGUGUGUGUGUGUGUGUGUGUGUGUGUGCGUUGACCAUAUUGUGUGUAACUAUACCCCCAGGGAGACUACAGGCAGUUGGUGCAUGAGCUGGACCAGUACCAGUACUGUGAGCUGCGCAUCGUGGUUCUGGAGAUCCGCAACAUCUAUGUAAGCUAAGAUGCCUCAUGUAUCAUACCUCUUUUUCCUUCAUUAGAAGUGCUCAGCACCCCCAUAAUUUAACCCCUAAGUUAAAUAAACUUUCCCAGUGUGAACAAGUAUUUACCUCGACUUCAAUGGAAACCAAACCCUGUUAUCAAGCGAACAAAUUGAUUGGGUUCAUAAUUGCCAAUGCCUCUCCUGCUCCUCACAUUGUAGUUACCUACCUAUCUUCCUCUGUUUGAUGCCCUUGUUGUCAAGAAAGGGCCGAUGUACAGUGGGGAAAAAACGUUUUUAGUCAGCCACCAAUUGUGCAAGUUCUCCCACUUAAAAAGAUGAGAGAGGCCUGUAAUUUUCAUCAUAGGUGCACGUCAACUAUGACAGACAAAUUGAGGAAAAAAAAUCCAGAAAAUCACAUUGUAGGAUUUUUAAUGAAUUUAUUUGCAAAUUAUGGUGGAAAAUAAGUAUUUGGUCACCUACAAACAAGCAAGAUUUCUAGCUCUCACAGACCUGUAACUUCUUCUUUAAGAGGCUCCUCUGUCCUCCACUCGUUACCUGUAUUAAUGGCACCUGUUUGAACUUAUCAGUAUAAAAGACACCUGUCCACAACCUUAAACAGUCACACUCCAAACUCCACUAUGGCCAAGACCAAAGAGCUCUCAAAGGACACCAGAAACAAAAUUGUAGACCUGCACCAGGCUGGGAAGACUGAAUCUGCAAUAGGUAAGCAUCUUGGUUUGAAGAAAUCAACUGUGGGAGCAAUUAUUAGGAAAUGGAAGACAUACAAGACCACUGAUAAUCUCCCUCGAUCUGGGGCUCCACUCAAGAUCUCACCCCGUGGGGUCAAAAUGAUCACAAGAACGGUGAGCAAAAAUCCCAGAACCACACGGGGGGACCUAGUGAAUGACCUGCAGAGAGCUGGGACCAAAGUAACAAAGCCUACCAUCAGUAACACACUACGCCGCCAGGGACUCAAAUCCUGCAGUGCCAGACAUGUCCCCCUGCUUAAGACAGUACAUGUCCAGGCCCGUCUGAAGUUUGCUAGAGUGCAUUUGGAUGAUCCAGAAGAGGAUUGGGAGAAUGUCAUAUGGUCAGAUGAAACCAAAAUAGAACUUUUUGGUAAAAACUCAACUCGUCGUGUUUGGAGGACAAAGAAUGCUGAGUUGCAUCCAAAGAACACCAUACCUACUAUGAAGCAUGGGGGUGGAAACAUCAUGCUUUGGGGCUGUUUUUCUGCAAAGGGACCAGGACGACUGAUCCUUGUAAAGGAAAGAAUGAAUGGGGCCAUGUAUCGUGAGAUUUUGAGUGAAAACCUCCUUCCAUCAGUAAGGGCAUUGAAGAUGAAACGUGGCUGGGUCUUUCAGCAUGACAAUGAUCCCAAACACACCCGGGCAACAAAGGAGUGGCUUCGUAAGAAGCAUUUCAAGGUCCUGGAGUGGCCUAGCCAGUCUCCAGAUCUCAACCCCAUAGAAAAUCUUUGGAGGGAGUUGAAAGUCCGUGUUGCCCAGCGACAGCCCCAAAACAUCACUGCUCUAGAGGAGAUCUGCAUGGAGGAAUGGGCCGAAAUACCAGCAACAGUGUGUGAAAACCUUGUGAAGACUUACAGAAAAAGUUUGACCUGUGUCAUUGCCAACAAAGGGUAUAUAACAAAGUAUUGAGAAACUUUUGUUAUUGACCAAAUACUUAUUUUCCACCAUCAUUUGCAAAUAAAUUCAUUAAAAAUGCUUCAAUGUGAUUUUCUGGAUUUUCUUUUCUCAUUUUGUCUGUCAUAGUUGAUGUGUACCUAUGAUGAAAAUUACAGGCCUCUCUCAUCUUUUUAAGUGGGAGAACUUGCACAAUUGGUGGCUGACUAAAUACUUUUUUUCCCCACUGUAGGUGAUGAUGAAUUUAUAUGUUUGAUAUGUCUAUCACAGUGCAUUUCUUGACGUAAAGCAAAUAUCUGUGUGAAACAAACAAUAAAUAAAAUAUCUAUCUUAUCUAAUGAUGAAAGGCUUUCAGUGAUGUAAUUACCCUGCUAUUUAUGUCACCCAUUCACCAGGCCGUGCUGUUUGACAUCAUCAACAAGAACUAUGACAAGAUCAAGAAGCCCAGAGGGGACUGCAAGGCCCUUAUCUACUGAUCAACUGACUCUUGUGGUGCACAUUCACCGGAGACAGCAAUACAGCGACACACACUCUUACUCACCCAUUCACAGGUUAUGAUACAAAUCGGAUAGUGUAACAUGUUAAAACGCUUGUAGGGUAACUGAAUACCUUCAGACACUGCAUUUAAAAACGUUUUCAUUUUCAUCAAUGAUUGAAAAAAAACUGCUGUAUUACACAAUCAUUUUAUUCAGAUUUCAAAAUAAAGCAGCGAUAACUGGCAUACCAUGAAGUGAGUAUUUGUUUUGCCUCAUGGUGAGAUUUGAAAGUUUUAGACUUUCUAAAUUCUGUGGUAAUGUACAUCAUCUUCCUAUUAUUAUCAAAUUUGAUAUUCUUGGUGUUAGGAGUUAUCCCAUUGAAUAUAA